AUGGGGUCAGAGGCGCGAGACAUUGUAGAUCCGAAAUUGGAGACGAUCUCCCGCACGGUUUCCAAUAGCUUCACCAAGACGGGCAGCUUCAGCUACUCAAUAUCCCCCACCUCGACUUUCCACUCUCCGCCAUCGAGCGUUGAGGCCUUCAGGCAAUCCGCGAAACAACUCAAGCCGUUCGAUACCAAAGACAUCAAGGUCCUACUACUGGAAAAUGUGAAUCAGACCGGGAGGGAUAUACUGAAAGAGCAAGGCUACCAAGUCGAGUUCUACAAGAGCUCGCUGCCGGAAGACGAGCUUAUUGAGAAGAUACGUGAUGUCCAUGUCAUCGGUAUACGCUCCAAGACAAAGCUCACAUCGCGGGUCCUCCGUGAAGCCAAGAACCUGAUCGUCAUCGGCUGUUUCUGCAUUGGCACGAACCAGGUAGACCUUAAAUAUGCCGCCAGCCAAGGCAUCGCGGUGUUCAACUCGCCCUUCAGCAAUUCCCGAAGCGUCGCGGAACUCGUAAUCGGCGAGAUCAUUGCGCUCGCGCGGCAGAUAGGAGACCGGUCGAACGAGAUGCACGCCGGGACAUGGAAUAAGGUCAGCAGUGGAAGCUGGGAGAUAAGAGGCAAGACACUGGGCAUUGUCGGCUACGGGCACAUUGGGAGCCAGCUCUCGGUGCUGGCGGAGGCGUUCGGCAUGUCUGUCAUCUACUACGACGUGGUCAACCUCAUGGCACUAGGCACCGCGAAGCAAGUAAGCUCGCUUGGAGACCUCCUCAGUGGAGCAGACUUCGUCACGCUGCACGUCCCAGAGUCACCGGAGACGAAGAACAUGAUCGGCGCGAAGGAGAUCGAGCAGAUGAAGAACGGCAGCUACCUCAUCAACGCCAGCCGCGGAAGCGUGGUCGACAUUCCUGCCCUGAUCGAGGGCAUGAGGUCGCGCAAGAUCGCCGGCGCCGCACUGGACGUCUACCCGAACGAGCCAGCGGGCAACGGCGACUACUUCAACAGCUCUCUCAACAGCUGGGGCGACGACCUCCGCAAGCUCAAGAACAUCAUCCUCACCCCGCACAUCGGCGGCAGCACCGAAGAAGCGCAGAGCGCUAUCGGCGUCGAGGUCGCGAGCGCCUUGGUGCGAUAUGUCAACGAGGGCGCCACUCUCGCCUCAGUCAAUAUGCCGGAAGUCAACCUCCGGUCGCUGACAAUGGACGAGCCCAACCAUGUGAGGGUUACUUUCAUCCACCGAAACGUGCCGGGUGUGCUGCGCAGCGUCAACAAGAUCCUUGGCGAUCACAACGUCGACAAGCAGAUGACGGAUAGCAGAGGGGAGGUGGCGUAUCUGAUGGCUGACAUCAGUGAUGUGAACCAGAACGAGAUCAAGGCUAUUUGGGCGGAUCUGGAGGGCAUUUCUGCUUGCAUCAGGACGCGGGUGCUGUAUUAG